GGUUUUUAUCUUGGUUUCCAGUUUAAUUUGGAAACAACACGCCCACAGUUGACACCAUUAACUGUUUAUCUGAUAGAACCCUGUGUUGGGACUGAGUGCAGAACAUCCUCAAGACUCGCCGGAAUCUCAGAAGAGCCCAUCAGCUCAGCAGAACACUGCAGAACCGUUGUCUGAUUCAUCGCAGCCAUGAGUGACAAAUCCGAAGGGAAUCUCCUUGAAGAGAGCCUGGUUCAGCUGAGAUGUCACUUCACGUGGGAGUUGCUAGUGGAAGCCACCGAGCUGCCCGAUUUAGAAAACAGGAUCUUGGAUGAGAUUGAUUUCCUGGACACCAGAUACAACGCGGGGAUCCACAACCUGCUGGCCUACGUGAAACACCUCAAGGGCCAGAACCAGGAAGCCCUGGGGAGCCUGCGGGAAGCAGAAGCCUUGAUCCGGCAGGAACAGGCCGCCCAGUCAGAGGCGAGAAGUCUGGUCACCUGGGGCAACUACGCCUGGCUGCAUCACCGCAUGGGCAGGCCGCAGGAAGCCCAGGCUUACCUGGACAAGGUGGAGGACGCCUGCAAGAAGCUCGGGGCUUCCUCCCGCUACAGCGUGCAGUGUCCCCAGAUGGACUGCGAGGAGGGGUGGGCCUUGCUGAAAUGUGGAGGGAAGAACUAUGAACGGGCCAAGGCCUGCUUUGAGAAGGCUCUGGCAGUGGACCCAGAAAACCCUGAAUUCAGCACCGGGUAUGCGAUCUCCACCUACCGCCUGGACGGCUUUAACAAAACAACACAGGUUAGCGAGGCGUUGUGUCUGCAGCCCCUGAGAGAGGCCAUCAGGCUAAACCCAGAAGAUGCGUAUGUUAAGGCUCUCCUUGGCCUGAAGCUCCAGGACGUAGGGCAAGAAGCUGAAGGAGAAAAGUACAUAGAAGAAGCACUAGGGAACACGUCCUCGCAGACCUACGUCUUCCGGUACGCGGCCAAGUUUUACCGAAGAAAAGGCUGUCUGGAUAAAGCUCUUCGGCUCCUAAAAAUGGCCCUGCGGGCCACCCCGUCCUCUGCCUUCCUGCACCACCAAGUAGGGCUUUGCUACAGGGCACAAAUGAUCGCAAUCAAGAGAGCUGCCAACUGGCAGCCCCGGGGACAGGACAGAGA